AUGUCCUCCGCCCCUGCUGCGAAGCUGCUGCCCGGCGUGGCCGCCGGCUUUGUGUCUGCCUACGGCUGCUGGUCUCUGCUCACCAAGGACGCCUCCACCAAGCUGCCCCACACUGUCCUGAACCCAGCGUGGGAGAAGGCCACCGCGGAGCUGCUCGCCAGCAUGCCGCGCCAGGGCUCCGACACCCCCAUCGCGCUGAACCCAAGCCGCCUCUUCUGA